AUGCAGUCGAUAUCUGCACCAUCUGAAAGCGCCUUCAUCGCAGCAUUUGGUCAUUUGAUGCCUCAAGUAUCGUUUCUGCAAACAAAAUACGGCAGGGUCGCAGUUUAUGAGCUGCUCCCCUCGUCUCCCCUACCCGCGGAUGCCACGGGCGCGAUAUCCCGUGUACUUUUUGUGCAUGGCAUCCAGACAUCCGCAAUUGGCCUGCUGCCACUAGCAAGCGCUCUCUCUUCGCGUUUUCCAUAUGCCAAAUGCGUACUUGUUGACUUGUGGGGUCACGGGCUCACAGACACUCCAUUUGUAGCUCACGAUGCGACUUUGUUCCACAGUCUACUGGAAUCUGUAAUGGUACACCUUGAAUGGGAAAACGCUCACUUGGUUGGCUUCUCGUUUGGCGCGUCAGCAACUGCAAGUUUUGUGGCAGCAAAACCAGAACGCGUGGCUUCCAUGACACUUGUUGCACCUGCAGGUUUCAUCCGUCAAGGACAGUUUGAGGAAUUACACAGAAGCUACUUGCGUGGUGGCGAAGGCACAGAAGAGUCGGCGAAAGAGUGGAUUCUGCACCUCUUGGAAGGUGGAGACCUCGUAGUCCCGUCUGACUGGAAAGAAAGAGUUGAUAGAGGUGAAGUGGUUGCUGAGGCGGUUAGAGACUGGCAAAUGAAGAACCAUGAUGGCCACGUAGCGAGUGUAGUAGCCAUAUUCAGAGAUGGUGGUGUUUUAGACAAUGACGACGAGUUUUUAAAAGCAGCGAAAACGGGCGUCAGACAUCUCUGUAUACUGGGAGAGCUGGACGAUAUAGUCAGCGGACAAGAUUUACUCCGCGUUGGGAUGAACAACUAUGUGGUCGUUCCACAGUCUGGACAUGCUGUUGUGCGAGAAAAAGUCCUAGAAGUCGCUGAUCUGAUAGAAGAUUUCUGGAAGAAGCUCAAUUGA